AUGGCCUGGCCUACAGAAAACCCCUACUCCGAGUGUCCUCCCUAUGUGAACCAUAUAAAGAAGGUCUUCGUUGCCCAGCGCAUACCUUCUUCGCACGAGCUUCAUAGCUACCGCGGCCUUAUCCUCUCGUGCAAGACCGUCUAUGACGAGUUCGAGCACGAGUGGCCAAAAGCAUAUGCUCCAUGGUUUAGGAAGGAAUUCGAUGUUCACAGCUUCGUGCUCCCGACUAUCAGCAAGAUAGGCGACACGACACAUCUCCGCAUUGGCCUUCCACUUCCACCAGACGGCUGGCUCGACUCUCCGACUGACAUUCAAUACGUUGUCCGCAAGCUUGUUAACAACUUGCCUUCCUUCUGCCUCUACCCCAUAUCUUCGAUUGCGUCUGAUCACACACCGCUUACCCAAGAGCAAAUUGCGCGGUUCAAGCUGGGCGCAAAAGGCAAGAAGAAGAGCUACUUUCUGCAUGCGAUGAGAUUAGUGGCCCAUGAGGUGACACGUCUGGGUACUGGCGUUAACACAUUCAACUAUCGCCCGAUAUUUGGGGAAGACUUUCAGAACAUUGCGAUGAACUGGGCUUGGAAAGAGGUGGUAGUUAGGCGCAAGGAGAUGAUCGAGUGGAAGGGAGUAUGGUGGCGCGAUUUCGCUUUCAAACCUUAUUCUUUCAAGCAAUCGCCAGAUGGGUCCCUCACUCCGCAUCACUACGGCCUAUCGGAUCCUUCUUUGACAGAUUAA